CAGGCAGCCAGAGCAGGACAGGACACAUGGCUCAAGGAUCGAGACGAUACAGGCUAUGGAUGGGAGUGAGCCUGAUGGCUCUGGGCGUCCUCCUCGCCUUGUGCUGUCGUGAAGGGAGCGCGUUGGCAGCGGAGCAGGGAGGACAAAGCGCGAUGGAAAAGAGGGUGGACCAUCUGGCCAGCCGGGGGCCUGUGGUGACGCUAGCGGACGGCAACUUCACCCGUUACACGGACGGCAAGUCGAGGCCGUACAGCGUCGUCGUGCUCUUUACUGCUCUGGGGUCCCAGUACAAGUGCACCGCAUGCAGGACGGUGGAAGAACCGUACGUCAAGGUGGCCGAGGCCUACUCGCGGCAGUACAACAUCCGAGAGGCCGAGCACAAGGUCGUCUUCGCGAGGAUAGACAUUGAGAAUGGAGGCACUACCUUCGGGAACCUUGGCGUGAACACGGCUCCGCGCGUGUUUGUCGUGCCGAGGGGGACGAGCUUCCCCCAGGGGCGUGGCCUCGCGGACUUCGAAGCGACGAACACGCUGUCUAGGGCCGACGGCGUUAUCGACAAGUACCUGGACACCCUCGGCAAGGUCACGGGGGCAAGGGUUGUGAUCGUUGCUGACUCGUCGGGGCUGCUGCCGGCCGCCUUGCUCCUUGGCGUUAUCCUCGGAGUCGCCGCGCACUUCCUCGCGGCCGUGCCGUCAAGGGUGAUGACAACGGUGCGACACAAGGGGCUCUGGUUCGCGGUGUCCAUGGGGUGCUACAUGACCGGCGUCGGGGGCAUGAUCUACUGCAUCAUUCGCAACCCCAAGACACACGGCUACCACCAGGACGGGGCAACGGCGAUGAUGAGCCCGGGGGGGAGAGACCAGUUCUGGUAUGAGGGUAUGGUGGUGUCGGUGUUGUACCUCUUCAUGUCCGCGGCCAUCCUAGGGGUGUACUACGCAGCGAGUUGGAAGAGGGUGCCCUACCCUUUGCGGACGGCUGCGGUUCUCGCGUGCAUCACCGUCCUGUGCUACGUGGCCUCAUUGUACAUGGCCCUCUACGCCAAGAAGACGCCGUGGUACACCUUGAAAGAGAUGAUUCCCCCCGUGGUAUCGGAGUUCCACAAGGGGCCGUUGAAGCGGAAGCACGGACUCCUGAGGCGCCUGGUCCGUCUGUCUUACCUCUGGCUGGACGACUACACGGGAUUCUGGACGUUCUACGCGAAGCUGAAGAUGCUCCUGUGGGACUACCUGGUGCGGAGGCUGGACACGGCGCUACGGGGGUGGAUGCCGUCGCCUUGAUCCUGACGGGGUGGCGAUUAGUGUGUAUGUAAGUAGCGAAGGUAGGAUUUACGUGACGUUAUCCCUAUCGCGGGGUGUCGAAUGUAGUGGGUGACCGACGUCGUCAUUGUGAUCGGUGUGCCAGGGAGGUUGGGAGACCAAAGGUUUGUGCGCACCUGUCCGCUCACGCGGCAAGGGAGCGUUGGUUUCACAAAAAAAGUGUCUUGAUCCAUCGGGAGGAUAGGUUUUGUAUGCGGCGCGAGUGAGAUGGGAGAAAAGAGUCUGUUGCGUCUUAGAAAGAACGGACAAUGGUGAGGGCGGUGCGCGUAAGAGAAUCAUGAUCGAUACCGCCCUGAGUCGAUCUUUCUUAUUCGUAUAUGGGGUUUGUUGCUGAGAGACGGGUGUCGCACCCGUACUGCUGUGAAAGUGUCCUGUCCGCUGGUCCCCUUGGAGGAUGUACUUCAGGAUGUGACCUUGUAUACAAGGGAGAUGGGUGCUGUCAAACAUGGAUGACGGUUUGCAACAUGGCGUACGUGGUGCGCCCGUACAACUUACAGCCGUCACGGGAGACUAGGACGUUCGGGUGUGUGGUUCGCCGGUGCCCCCCGCUUGACACGGAUCCCGCGGGCGACCGCACCGCAGGUGUCGACAAGCGAUGUGCUCUGCUCAACCCACACGGCCUUAGUACACCCGACCGGUCUCGGUGUGCCUACCGCAGAUGAUGUGCGUCAGGGUUAGCUACACCAAAAGAACCCGACUAGACGGGACGGGUCUCGUGAAGGUCAAAAUACAGGCUUCAAGAAUUUGAGCCUCCUGGCCUUACGAGUCAGGGAACUUGUCCUGCGAAGUUGAGUGGGAUCUCCGAGCCCGGCUGCAAAAACGACUUCCUGUUCAGGAUUGGUGAUGAUGAACGGAAGUGUCUUUCCACCAUAGCCAACCAACGCAAGCAAGACAUGCCCCCCCGCUUUCCCUCUUCUGUGUUAUUACUUGCAGCAUUCCUGUCCGUCGUACUCAACCACCUCUUGCCUUCACACCACCCACGCGUUUUCAUCACCCCUCCCCUCUCACAUUCAUACAUGCAAUCCAUCCGUCCACUUCACGAGGCAACAAAUAAUUAAAAAAAGGGUCUGUUUUGUUCAGUCCACGAAACGUAGACGUGGGGCAUGGGGCAGACCCGCUCGCGACGAUCUCUGAAUGGACAAGCGCACAACACCGACAUUAAUUCGCGAAUCUUCCGCACUUCCAACCAACUACGUUUCAUAUUUUAGUUAAUACAUCACAUCUCUUGUGGGAUGAACCCGUCGCCUUCUACUACUACUACAGGUGUUGAUGGUGGGACUGUUUACGAAGGUCGCUACCCGACUCUGUUUCGUCCGUCCGAUACACAGGCCGAAGGCCGGCGCCUACACGAGCCGUCCGCUCUAACCUCCGCCGUCGCGGCGCAGGCUGUUUUUUCAUAAAAGCCGUGAACGAUCGCGUUCAACAAUCAAGCCAACCUCACGAACCAUGAGCGGAACCCCGACUAUCCAAACGUACACAGCUUGGAACGGAAAAUACCGAGGGACAGUCCUACUACCAGAAUCAUUGACUACCGAGGGCUCCGUAACCAAAAACGUCGAGACCAGUUGUCGUCAUUUCACACGGCGGUAGGCAGGGCUCAUCAUGCGCGACAGCACGUGUUUUGUCUGUCAAGCAUGAACUCAACUCUUCUCACUUGUAAUAGUCAGAGCUGUUGGGCCGCUUUGCGUGAAAAUCGCUCGGUCGGCAGGACGGGCUCCCUCAACACGCAAAAAAAAAAAACCCAUGAAGAAAACUCCUCUUCAAAGGGUAAUUACAUCCGAUCCGUCGCGUGCUCGAAUGCAGUGAUGGCGGCUGGACGUAAACGUAAACAUGAAAUCUGGAGGCGACACAUGAACUCUUACUGAAAGAGAAACGACUUUUUCGAAGUACAACAGGACAUACUAACAACACGAUCGCCGGUGCACAGCUCCGCUCCUUAACGCAACGGGCCUCCAAAAAUGUAACAACCGUCUCCGGGCACUUAACGAGUCACGCGGGCACCCCAAGGGCAGCUGAAUCGAUAGCGCUCGGUGUUCCAGCUGAAGGGGGAUGUGCACAUCUAUCAAAAUACUUACCUCUGGUAACGUCCCACAUCUACUGCCAACGCUGCUUCCUCUUGGUGACCAUCGCCAGUUCCCGCUGGCUCGUCGGGGUCCUUCGAUGCCACCCUCUUACUGCUGUCGCUGCUGCUGCU